UCGCCCAUGCCAUCGAUGCUUCCGAUCCCUCCUCUAUCACUCCCCACGUAUUUACAUCUUGAGUUGUCUUCUGAUCGACCUUCUGCGCUUUACAUUCAUCGCUCGCGCAAUGCCGACUACACAUACGAGUCUUCCAGAAUCAAGUUUGAGCGUCUGCUCAACUUUCUGCUGCUCCCACCGAGUCUUGAACAGGUGUUGUGCUUUGGCACGAUCGCAUGUCUCGACGCGUGGCUUUAUACGUUCACCAUCCUACCUCUGCGGUUUCUCAAGGCGGUUGUGAUUUUCGCGCGGUGGGCGGGCAUGGCUAUGGCACAGGAGGUGCGUGACCUGGCGAGCUUCCCUGGGCAUGUAUCAGUAGUGCCACCAUCACCCACGACCAAAAAGCAAAGAUCCGGCUUCCGACACCGACGCAGCCAGUCGAGUCCUUCUGGACUACUACCAAAUCAUAAGGCGGAUCUCUUGCAGGGUCUGCUCAUCAUCUGCAGCUGCGUGAUCCUGAUGUGGUUCGAUGCCAGUCGUAUGUAUCACUCUAUCAGAGGACAGGCCGCCAUCAAACUGUAUGUCAUUUACAAUGUCAUUGAGGUGUUCGAUCGACUGCUUUCAGCAAUUGGGCAAGACAUCCUGGAGUGCCUGUUCUCAAAGGAGACUCUCGAGCGCGACACAGACGGACGUAGCAAGGUCUUGCGUCCCCUCGGAAUGUUUCUGGUGGCACUGAUAUACAACGUGGUCCACGCUACGGCCUUCUUCUACCAGGUUGUGACAUUGAACGUUGCGGUCAACUCGUACUCAAAUGCGCUCCUGACCUUGCUGAUGAGCAACCAGUUCGUCGAGAUCAAAGGCACCGUGUUCAAGAAGUUCGAAAAGGAGAAUCUUUUCCAAAUUACCUGCGCGGACGUUGUCGAACGUUUUCAACUUUGGCUGAUGCUGCUCAUAAUCGCGCUGCGAAAUAUCGUCGAAGUUGGUGGUCUUAGCAUCAGCAUUACAAGCGCCCUCGGCGGCGGCGGCAGUCCUAUGGAUGCCUUUUCGAGCAAUGGAACUGGAAUACCUCUCGUAUCAGGCUUCGUCAUCCCAAAGGCCUUCACAAUCUUCCCCAAGUGGACUGGUGAAGUCCUCGGACCAUUCCUCAUUGUACUGGGAAGCGAGGCGCUGGUCGACUGGUGCAAGCAUGCCUAUAUCAACAAGUUCAACAACAUCAAGCCCAACAUCUACGGCCGAUUUCUGGACGUACUUGCCAAGGACUACUACUCUCAUGCAUUUUCAGACCAGAACUUGACCAAGCGACUUGGCCUGCCGGUGCUGCCACUGAGCUGCCUCUUCAUCCGAGCUUGCAUGCAGACAUAUCACAUGUUUCUUGCCACGCAUAUGCCUGUCCCUAUCCCGUCGGCCGGCACGUCCAUCGCCGAGCCUCCUGCUUCGACACCAGUGACCACUGCUGCGCUGCAACAUAUCGACCAGGUCUUCCGCAGAGCACUCGGGCGAUCGUCCUUUGGCGCAGGAAACAGUGGCGGUCCAUCAUCGAUCGCAUCUUGGAACAUCGACGACUUCAUUGCGCUGGCUACAAUGGUGAUCGUCUUCCUUGCGGUCUACCUUAUCAUGCUUGCGCUCAAGUUGGUCCUUGGUAUGGCGCUACUGUCGUAUGCGCGAGGUAGGUAUAACGGCAUGAAGGAGCGCGAGCGAGAAAGCGUUGACACCCAUGGCCGGCGAGUCGGUGGCUGGGGAACAGUGGAGGUGAAUGAGGAUAAGCGGAGAUGGAUUUACGAAGACGAUCCGGAGGGUUUGGAAAAGUUGAGAAAGAAGGAGAGCGAGGCACAGGCCCGAGCCGCGAGCAAUGAGAUGAAGCUCGAUCAUGUGGAUCGGUAUGUGAUGGCUUCGAAGCGCAUUUGGUAG